GCGACGUCCCCUCGGAGAGCCGCGGGCGUGGCCUCCUCAGCCCCCGCGUCCAGGUCCUGGCCCUGGGGACGCGGCGUGGCCCGCAGCCGGCGCGCUGGCUCCUCAGGUCGCAGGUGCCGGAGCCGAGGGCCCGCUCCCUGCUCUGUCCGGGGGUUUGGGGGAGCGAGGCGCGUCGUCUCGGUAUCUUCCUGGCGGCGGCGGUUCUUCCACCGCACGAGCUGGCGCGCUCCCGCCCCGUCGGCGCCCGGUGUCCGCGAGGCCCGGCGCAGCCCGUGUGGGGCGGGGAACGCGGAGCCGCCUCUCUGCGUCCGCGGGCGGAACAGGCUGAGCCCGAAUGACUUGCCUCCGAGAGCAAAGCUCAUCUGUUCUCACCCGCCAUCACUUCAGCUCACGCUUCAGGGCGGAGCGCGCGUUACGAGUUCCCUUGCCGCUCGCAGACAGGCCUCCCUGCGGUGUUCUGCGUCUGUGCCGGGCGGGGGCCGCUGGGGCAUCGGGGCAGGAGGGCUUCCGGGCCCGUGGGGAUGCCUCCCCGACGUUCACCCUGCGUUCCUUUUCUUUCCAACAGGGUGGAUGGGGCGCGUCCCUGGCUGACAAGCUGGUCAGAAAAUGUGAUGUUCUGAACCGUGGAUUUUCAGGCUAUAACACCAGAUGGGCCAAAAUCAUCCUCCCCAGGCUCCUCAGGAAAGGGAGCGUUUUGGACAGCCCGGUCGCCAUUACAAUUUUCUUUGGUGCCAAUGACAGCGCGUUAAAAGAUGAGAACCCCAAGCAGCACAUCCCCCUGGAGGAAUACGUGGCGAACCUGAGGAGCAUGGUGCAGUACCUGAGGUCCGUGGACGUCCCCGAGGGCCGGAUCGUGCUCAUCACGCCGCCCCCGCUCUGCGAGGCCGCGUGGGAGAAGGAGUGCCUGGCGCAAGGUUGCAAGUUAAAUCGCCUGAACGUGGUGGUUGGUGAAUACGCCAGCGCCUGCUUACAGGUGGCCCGAGACUGUGGGACUGACGUGCUCGACCUGUGGACCCUGAUGCAGAAGGACGGUCAGUCCUUUAGAUGGAAUGCUGAGAGCCUAGAACUGAGACGGUCGUCCAGAGAGGCCACCUGAUCUGGAACAGCAGAGACUAGAAAACGAAGGCUCAGGAAGGCUCGGCCCAGUGGAGACUGCGUCUAAUGGUCAGUGCUGCCGAGAGCAGGGCGUGGGGGACUGACCCCGGUGUUCCAGCAUCGCUGUUCUAGUUCUUUCCUCCCAAUAACUUGCCUGUCAACCUAACACUUAGACUGAGAGGCAAAAGUGCCCCUGGGCCUUCUCACCCCGUGCUCGUCAGUCAGCCUCUCUGAGCUGGGGGCCGGGAGGAUGGCUCAGGUCUUCAUGGUGUGAGGCUGUGGGAGCUCGAUCUGUAAUUGCCUAUCAUCUGCAAAGGGCCUGUGGUCCCUUGAGCCUGUGCGCGGAGCCUGGCGGUGCCACUGCAGUCCACGGAGAAACUAGCGCACACCUGUA